AUGGAACCUUACUACGGACAGUGGAGUCUACCUGGAGGGCCCGGGAAGGAGCCCGAGGGGGUGGGGGUUUCUUCCGCAGGACUUGAAAGGGAGGAUGUUCAGCUUCUAGACGAGGACCCUUCGACGGCGGCCAGCGGUACUGUGCUGCUGCCUUCGGCGCAGCGCGCGCGCCGCCUGUGGAACUACUUGGCAGUUGGGGGCCUCGCAGUUCCGACAAUAGUGCUUUUCAUGUAUUUGAUGUCGGCUUUCGCGAAGACGAAGCAGCAGCUUUCCUGGGAGUCCGUCGUGAAGCCCCAGGCCAGCCUGCCCACCCCCGCAGCCGAGUGGCAAGUGCCCCCCGUGCACCCCCCAGAAGAAAGAGACACUGUGACGAAUCAACUCGUCAGGGGCGUCUUGGCAGACAUCAGCAACCAGCUGGUCCAGGGGGGGCACAUAGAGCCCGAAGGCGACGCGCAGACGGUGAUGGAGGCUGUGGCGAAGGCGCUUUCCAAGGGGAAAUCGGAGGAACUGCUGGGAAUGACAAUUCGGCUGAGUCAAGUGACCGAAGUUGGCACUGGCGAACAGCUGGAUGAGCCCAAAGACUACGUGGUGACCCGCUUCAUCGACCAGGGGUACCAGAGCGUGCUGCUCGAGGUGCAGGAUCGAGAAACCGAGGGUUCUGCUGCCAUGCGCAUCAACUUUCUCCCCAAUGACUUCGAAAACCUCGCUCUUUCCACGGCAAAGACCAGCGUUUCCCCGCAAAUGAUCAGGGUGGCCCAGGCCAGCCUUGGCAUCAGCGGCAGCACCCCGCUGGCUUCCGCAGCGCAGGAAAAGGGAAUUGCUCCCACUCGAUUCAUGGCGCGGAUAGACGGAUUCCCGAAAAUUCUGCGCUACGGAGGUUUAAGUGUAAUGUCUGCAGUUGAACUCACGGAAAACGUGGAAGUUUCCCUGCAAGAUGCUCUCGACGCUCUUCAACUGCCGCCCACCGGCACCAAGGCGUACAUCGCGCGGAGCGUUCUGAAAACUGUGCUGCACAUGCAGCAGGCGGGCUGGAGCCACAACGGACUGAACUGCAGAAGUUUCGGAGUUCAAGAAGAUGGAUCUGUUUUGUUGCUGGGUCUUCAGUCGAGUGUGCCUUUUGGCGAAGUCAUUCCAGACAACGUGGGCAUCUCGCCACUGACCACGGAACCUGAACUGCUCGCGAACCUCUGGUGCUACGAAGACUGCAAGGGUCUCGCGGAAGCCAAUGCGAAGGCCGACAUGUGGAGUUUGGGAAUUGUGCUGCACCAGAUUCUGAUGGACGGAGAAUUGCCUUUCGGGCUUUCCGACAUCCCGUCCGACGAAAGCGCCAUCCCGCACGUCGUGCAGCUGCGGGAGACCGCCAAUGUCGACGAGAUGGAUGUGAAAAUGGAAAGCAGCGGGGUUUCGCGGAGGUGGCGGGAACUGGUGGUUCGGCUGCUGGAAACAGACCGCAGCAAGCGCAUCAGCGCGGAGGAGGUUGCUGCUGAGUACACAGACUUGCUGAACGGCGCAACUGCGCAACAAGUGCUGGACCGUGAGGACUUCCUCCGACUCUUCAGGAUGGAAAACCCCGACUUCGUCGGACUGGAGUCCGAGCUGGCGGAAGCCUCUGCAGCGAGAGUCGACUUGCAGCACGAAGCCUCGCCAAGCUCGAUCGGGGAAGAAGAAUCUGGCUUCGCGUCUAUGAAGUUCUACAGCCCGCAGGAAGAGGCAGUUCUGGCUGAGGGUUUCGCCGCUGUGCCUCCGCGCUGGAGGCCUGCAGAACGAGAUUUUGGACUGUCACCCCGCCAGCCUCCAUUCAUGAACGGCUACAGCCCUCUGGACCGUAUGCAACUUUCUCUUGCCGGCGUGGAUUCGGGCCCGCAGGGCUUCUUGCGUCUGCAGCGAGAUCGUUUCAACGAAUAUAUUCCUCGUCCAGCUUCUCGGGGGCAGGAGGCGCUGCAAGCAGCAGCCCCGGGGCCUCGCAGCAGCAGACUUGGAGGCGAAGCAGCCCAGCGAGAAACAAGCAACCACCCGCCAGCUUCACUUGGGCCAGCAGCAGUAGCAGCAGCAGGAAGGCUGCUGCAGCGCGAGGGAUUCCCUGGCAGCAGGCAAAGAGGCGACGCUGGCCCAACUGCACCGACGCCGGCACACGACGAGACAGCCAGCCCCAGCGUCUCAUCUCCAGUGCCCAGCAGCAGCACCAGCCCAAGUUCUUCUCCCAGCCACAGCUUGUCUUCGAGCCCCCGCCGUCUUCCCACAGACUACGAGCCGGCUGCAGAAGCUGAACGCCUUGCCGAGGCCCUUGCUGCUGCUGAGCCAGCAGCAGUUGUCAGCAGCUCGACGUCGAGUCCAGAGGAAUCUUCGUCUUUUCGGAGCGAGACGAGUUCCCCGGAGCCGAGAGCUGCUGCUGCUGCUUUGCCUGAGCCGCGAGAGCCCGCGGCCGCACCACCAGAACCAGAAGCAGGAACAACCCGAAACGAAACCCGCGGCAGCCCAAGUCGAACUAGUCCAACAAAUGCCAACGGCGCUGCGGCGCGGGCCCCUCUGGGGCUCGGCCACGCGCUGCUGGAGAUGUCCCGGACAAGGACUCCGUCGGAAUCUUCCAGCAGCGACAUUCAGAACAGCACGCCGCCGCGCAUUCAGGUGACUUCGAGGUUCUGGAACCCGGACUCUGAAGCCCAAAGCAAGAAGGACAAUACUACUGAGAAUUAA